GGUAACUACGCCGAGGAAGAAGCGGAAGACUGCCAUCGCGCGAAGUUGGAUUUUGUGUUUAUGUCUCUGAUUUUCUAAACACAUUUCAAAUCUUGCAGUAAGACUUGUGUUCUUUGGCUGGAUGGAGAAUGAGCAGCCCCAGACUCAGCAACAUGACAACCAAACCAGCUGAUGUGUUUGAAAAUUUAUGUAAGCAGCUCAGGGACUGCCAUCAAAAUACAGUUCAAGAACUGGAGGCAAAAGUGAGCAAGUUGAAAAAGGAGCGUUGUUUAGAUGCACAGAGACUCGAGUUGUUUUACCAUCGUAAUCUGCAGCUGAAGGAUCAAGUCAAAGUUCUACAGGAAACCGUCAGCCUUUUGGAGGAAAAGCUGGGUGCUGGUGUGUGUGAUCGAUGUGCUCUCCUGGAGUACAGUCUGAAGAAUAAACAGGAUCAGAAGCUGCACAUCGUUAACAGGCUGAAGAAUGAAAGAAGCAGCCUUGAGGAGGAAAACCAGAAGGUGCUCGCUGAGCUACACAAGCUGUCUCACGGCUUGGAGGCCCAGCAGACCUCAUUCUUGGAGCAGGAAGACUGCAUCAUCCCAGACUCACCAGUCCUGACAAGUUCGCUGCCCACAACAAGCAGACUGAAGAAACGGAAAAACAUUGACAGGCUUAAGAACGUUCGUUUUGUGGAGACUCCUCUACAGCAGUGCCGCAGCUCACUUUUUGAUGGGGUGAUUCGGGAGCCUUUUGAUGCUACAAACAGAAGUGGAAAAGCGGAGGUGCUUGUACCCAACACGUGCGAGAUGGACACAACACAGACCUCAAAUGAUACAAACCAUAAUGUGGAAGGAGAGAUUGCAGAAACAUGUGGUCUUGACCUUCCAGACAACCAGUGCUUGGAAACAAAGAUGACUGCACACCAGAAAAAUGGCAGAAAGGCUGACAAGAUUAGUAGUGUUCGUUUAAAGCCUUACCCCACCUCAACUUCACCCACCCUGAUCCAUUCUCCGGACUCGACCACAAAAAAGUCCCUACCUCUGCUUCUUGGUAUCAAACGUGUGUCAGGUGGCAGCGCCUUUCAUAAAGCAAAGCGUACGAAACAGGAAAGUGACCCGGAGGUACGAGACGAGAGCAAUUACAGUGUGCAGGGGGAGGCAGAAAAGCAAAAAGAAGACAGCGUCCAAAACCUGAAGAAGCAGCCGGCUCAACUGAAGAUUGAGUCAUCACAAAGCAAGACCUCCAGCCAAAGUUCAGCGAGAUCUUGUCUUAGUCCUGCUUUCGAGAAGAACAAGCAGAAGGUUGGGGAGGGAAAUGAGGAAGGUGCUGAAAGAAACUCCCUGCGGGAUGUUUCGCUGUGCCAGCUUGAUGCAGAGGAUGCGGUGCUGAAGCACAGAGUGGAGACCAUGUGGAGUGUGGACCCUGCAGCUGCACUGUCUAUGUAUGAGAAUCAGUCCUGCACAGCAGAGGAGGAAAAGGAAACACAACACUGCCUCAGGGAGACUGUAGAUACAGACUGCACAUUUAUCAGCAACAGCUUAUUCCAACGUCAAGAGAGAAGACACAGCACAUCUGGUUGGUGUGAGGAGAAAAAUGAUACUUUGGAUCAAAUGUUUGACGUGACGGCCUACGGGGAGUACAACUCACACUUGGACCAUAGCCCAUCCUGUGCUGGUGAUAAUGAUGAAGAGGAGGAUGAAGAACAGGUUCCUUCUGCAAACAUUCCAAGUCAAAGUCAAGAGCACAAAAGACGGAACCCAACAUUUGCACAUGUGGCCGUCAUCCGCAAGAAAGAAGAGAGAAGAAAACUGAAAGGCACAACAUGCAAAGAAUGUGAAACUUAUUAUGCUAACCUCCCAGAAGAACAAAAACAAAAGAAGUUGUCUGCGUGCUCAAGGCAUCGUUUCCUUCAUAUUCCACCUUGUACACCUGAAAACUUCUGGGAAGUCGGAUUCCCAUCAACCCAAACUUGCAUUGAAAGAGGUUAUAUCAAGGAACAGAAGAGUCCACAGGCACGGUUACGCAGAAGACAACCCUUCACUGCUUUAUUCUCUCCAAAGCCACAGCAGGAGAGUUAAAAGUACAUCUGUGAAAAGUCUGUUUAACUGUACGUUCUUUACAUAGAACAGACAACGUGAGCAGGCCUGGCAUUGUUUGUGGUGUACAGUGAAACUGUGUUCUACUGUGAAUUUGUUAAAAAUGUUGGUGUGCUGUGUGAAUACUGAUUUUUUUGUUGUUUUUGCAGUUUGCAAAUGAUGUUAAUUGGCUCUAUGGCUCUAAGUAGGACUACAUCACCAAAGGCAGAGCAGGUCUGCAAACUACUCCACUCUGUGUCUGUGUGGUCACUGUACCAUGUUUUUCUGGGUAUGUCGGGGUUUUUUUUUUUUUUUUUUUACUUGUUUAGGAGGUCCUGCAACGUAUACUUUGGUGCAAGUUAUAUGCCAAAAACUAUUUAUAUAGGACUUUAUCAGGAAUCAACACAAUAAACUCAAAUAAUAAAACAACACAUUCCAAUAAUAAAGGUACACUACAAUAAUGCACAGAAGUCCCAAAUUAAAGACCUGAUAUACAGAAAAAGG